GGAGAAAACACUUCAAGCGCGGAAUACGCAGCUGCAGGGAGCUGAAGUGCUGCUGCUGCUGACUGCCUUCGUCGCCACUGCACAUUACGAGAAAAGAACGGGAAAAAAGCAAUGCCGCCAAAAGGAGGGUCCGGCGCGGCGGGUACGAAGACAUCCAAGAAGAACGCAAAGCCCGUCUUCGAUCCAUUCGAGCGCGUAUGCAACUUUACUCUCAUCCCUCUACAAAACCCAGGAACAGCCGCAGGAGGAGGAGCUUCGGCGAAGUCCCCCGUCGCAUCAGCAGCCAUGCCGCCAGCCCCCACCUCCGCCGGUGGAGACGACGACAGCGGCAACGGUGACAACGGUAAAGUCGGCGAGUUCACCACGAGUGAGAUAUCCUUCACCCCACCUCUGCCGCGCACGGAGGUGGCGAUCACUCUCAAAUUCCGUGUCACCGUCUCGCUGAUGGAGGGGGACGUCGUCUACGUGCACCUCCCUAAGUUCAACGGCCCGCCGGCGCAGCAAUUCGGUCUGCAAAGCGUGUCGUCCACCGUCGACGUCCGCAACGGCGGCGAGGGCAUCAACACGGCAACGUACUUCCGAGGCUUCUGGUCGGGCACCACCGCUAAAGUCACCUCCGCGGUGCAUCAGGUGCUGUUCAAGCGCGGCAAGAAGGGCGGCGCCCCACCAAAGCAGGUCUUGUUGCUGCAGUGCCUCAGAGAUGUUCCCGCGAACGCCCUUCUCAUCUUCAACGUUCCGCGUGCCCUCGGUAUCGUCUCGCCGGACAAGCUGCCGGCGAACAGCUCCAGGCUGAAGAUAGAGGGCCCUCAUAUUUACCUGGCGGACAAUCAUCGCAUCCUCAAGCAGAUCAUUCUCGCCUCGUCGGAGAUUCGAAAGCAGACGGUGGUGGAGGAGCUCGCCGUGUACGAGCACUGCAUCGCGCAGGUGAUACGCGACGGUGGGCUGCAGAUCGACGACCGACAGCUCAGUGAGCAGCUCUCGGUCGAGGAGACCGAUCAGCUCUGGCAGGCCGCGCAGUACCGCCGCCGCUACCCGGUGCCGAUGGCGUGGACGGUGGUGCAGGAGAUCUCCAUGGCCUACGAGGCCGCCGGCGGCUUCGUGAAGCGCAUCGUCCAGAACGCAAUCAACUGCAUCAAAAAUUUCGACCCCCUGGCGGUGCAUCGCGAGGUGGCGCGGAACUGGGGGGUGAAGCCGGCGGCGGUGGUGAUGCUGGACGAUUUCUUGAGCGUGCAGUGGGUGGGGCUCUACCCCGGCCUCCCCCGCGCCUCCCUCUUCGCGGCCUGUCUGCUGACCAUGGAGCCGGAGGAUGUCGGCAGGGCGUUUCUGGGUGUCGCGCCGCUGCCAUCUCGCUCUAUCGCAGAGGACCUGAUGAGCGCGUUUCGAAUGCGGGCCAGCCUGGACGCUGCCGGCGGUGCGGACGACGCUUCCCGGCCUCUGACGUCCACAAACACCAACGACGGUAGCGGAGAGGGAGACGACCCGGCAGAGACGGCCGCCUUCCUGGACGAAAUACUGCAGAAGGACGGGUCAGGCGAUCGGUGCGGCGCCACGCUGGACAAGUGGGCCGCCCUCAUAACGGCGCUGCUGCCUGCCUCCUUCAUCGUGGAUAGCGCCUUCGCCACAGCGGAGAACGGCCACGGUGGGUAUGAAAACCACAACGGCAACGCAGUGGAGGGCGAGGGCCACGGAUCGUCGAAGGGCGGCGGCCCGCGUGUGGACUCCGCACGGACGGGCGACCAGGACGGAUCGACGUUCUCGUCCAACGACGCACGUGCCGGUCAUCGUCACAGCAGCGGUGCAGCCAUGGCGAGGGGCGGCGGCGGCGGGGCCGUCGCGACCCUUCGCCCGCCACCGACGCUCUACCUCGGCUACCGCGACGUCCCGAUGGAGGCGCAGCGCUCCUUACGAGAGCUGAAGCGGGGGGACUGGUUUGUGCUGCCUUUUCUGGCCCUGGCGCGGCAGUCGCUGCCCUACGCCGCGGUGACGCCGUCCAGCCUGGCCGCCGCCAGUCCACAAGGCAGAAGGGAGGAGGCGGUUUUGCGCGCGGGCCAAGUUGAGGCCGACGACAACGCCGACGACGACGACGGGGCGGCGGUGGCGGUGAUUCCGGACAACGCCGUGGUGGUCGAACUGCACCACGUCGUCGAGGCGCUGGAGCUGGCGGACGUGUCUUUCUCGCCCUAUAACCGGGCCUGGCUGCUGCCUCUCGCCACGUCGUGCCGCGUCGUUACGGUGGAGGAGGACCAGCACGAGGUGCUGCACAUCGUGGUGGACAUGGAGGGGAGUCUCGUGGGUCAGCUCAACGACAGCGACCUGCCGCAGAGCGAUCGAAGCGUGGCGACGGUGAUUCUGAGCAAGUACCUGGCCAAGGCGGAGCAGACGGAUUUUUACGUCUCGUCGUGUAGUCUGCUGACUGCCCUCUGCGCGCGACACAGCGAGCGGCGUCGCCUGCACCCACCGACGCUGAUACGCGCGCAGUACUUAUCCCACUACAACGCCGCCAUGCGAGCCUCGAUGGCGAAGUACAACGUGGAGGCAACGGAGCGGGUGGAGUGGCAGGUGCGCACCCACGACGCUCAGCUGCUCGACGAGGGGGUGGUGAAGCCGGCGGUGUGGGAGCCCAUUCAGCGGAAGUACAUGGUCACGGUAGAGCAAUUCUUCCUUGGUUACUCACGCACGGUGCAGAAGCUGGAGGAGGGCACCUUGUCCGUGGAUCUAGAGACGUAUACGAUAGACUACGGCGGCAAAGGGCCGCGUUCGCUGCGGCGGGUGGUGGAGAAGGUGUACGUGACGCACGAGGCAGUGCCAGCGGAGACGUCGGCCAUUUUGGAGACGCGUGAGGAGCAGUACACGAAGCAGCUCUUGACGCUGGACAACAAGCUCGGUAUCAGCCCCAAUCCGGCGACGACGAACACCGGCAAGAGCGAAUCGGCAAAGCGAGGUGGCACGGUAGCUGGCACGAAGAGGAAGAAGAGUUGA